CACGAUGCGAGCCAACUUCUCUGAUAAAUCCUCGCAGGCAACACGUCCCACAAUUAUUCGUUUCAUAUUCAGGCACAUGCUUUGAAACAUGGAACAAGAAGCACUUCCGCCGUUUCUGCCUCUGCACCUCCUCUUCCUCCUCGCUCUCUUCCUCCUCCUCUUCCACAGGCUCGCCCGCGAUCUCCGGCGAGCGGCCAAGGUCCCUGGCGGCCGCGCCCUCACAAGCUACCCCGUCGUCGGGUGCUUGUUUUCCUUCUACCAGAACCGCCGCCGCCUCCUGGAAUGGUAUACGGAGCUCCUCGGCCAGUCGCCGACCCAGACUAUCGUCGUGCGGCGGCUCGGCGCCCGCCGCACAGUCGUGACGGCGAGCCCCGAGAACGUCGAGCACAUCCUCCGGACGAACUUCCACAACUUCCCCAAGGGCAAGCCGUUCACGGAGAUCCUCGGCGACUUCCUCGGCCGCGGCAUCUUCAACGUCGACGGCGAGCUGUGGCGGAGCCAGCGCAAGCUCGCGAGUCACGAGUUCAGCGUCAAGUCGUUGCGAGACUACGCGGCGACGACCCUGAAGGAGGUGGUGAACGACCGGCUAAUGCCAGUCCUUGAGUCGCUGUCUGCGGAGAGGAGGACGGUUGACUUGCAGGAGCUGCUGAAACGGCUCUCCUUCAACAUGAUUUGCAGAGUCUCGCUCGGGACUGAGGUUUGCUCUCUCGAACCUUCCCUGCCUGAGUCUCCGCUCGCCAGAGCCUUCGACAUUUCGUCAGCGAUCUGCGCGCGCCGUGGAGCCGCGCCUGUAUCAGCGAUUUGGAGGAUCAAGAGGCGGCUCGGAGUCGGAUCGGAGCGCGAGCUGAAGCAGGCUGUGGAUGAGGUUCACGCGAGUAUUACUCAGUUGAUUCAAGAUCGAGUGGAGCGAAUCGUCGAAACAGGGGAUCGCAGCUCAAGCAGUCAGACCGAUCUCUUGUCGCGCCUAGUGUCAGCGGGCUAUGGCGAGGAAGUGAUCCGAGACAUGGUGAUCAGCUUCAUAAUGGCCGGGCGAGACACGACCUCGGCUGCGAUGACGUGGCUCUUCUGGAUGCUCUCACGGAGCCAGGAGGCGGAGCGGGAGCUGAUCGGGGAAGUUGACAGCGCCGUGGGGGAGCUGGACUACGACUCGCUGAAGGAGCUCAAGUUCCUGAGCGCGUGCCUGUGCGAGGCGAUGAGGCUGUACCCGCCGGUCGCGUGGGACUCGAAGCACGCCGUCAGCGACGACGUCUUGCCGGAUGGGACCCCGAUCCGAGCUGGGGACAGAGUGACGUACUUCCCUUACGGGAUGGGGAGGAUGGAGGCGAUCUGGGGGCGAGAUCGGCUCGAGUUCAAGCCGGGCCGGUGGCUCGAGGGAACCGAUGGGAAGCACGGAGGGGAGCUAAAGAAGAUGUGUCCAUACAGGUUCCCGGUUUUCCAGGCCGGCCCGAGGGACUGCAUUGGGAAGGAGAUGGCGUUUAUGCAGAUGAAGUACGUGGUGGCCUCGGUGCUGCGCCGUUUCGAGAUCAGACCUGUCGAUAGGGACGACCCCGUGUUCGUGCCUCUCUUGACGGCCCACAUGGCCGGCGGGUUACCGGUUCAGAUCCGCAAGAGAUAACGCCGGAUCACGGCUUUGCCUACGAGCCAUUGACUCUGAGAAUGUGUGAUCUUUUGGGGGGUCAACCACAAGAAUGGUGUCAAUUUUUUCUGUUGUAUAUACCAAGGGAAGGAAAGGGACCGACCGAUUGCUAUGAUCAAGGUCACUUUUUUGCCAAAGUUCUUUGGCACUUUCCUGAUGUUUCGGCCAAAAGUAAGAUUUGCCCAUUACGGCUCAAAUUGGCCAUGAUCAAUAAAGAAGGGGGUGAUACGCAUGUGGCGAAUGUGAUCCAGAUGACACAAAA